AAGAAGGGAACUAAACAACGCUAAACAACAGCCACUCCUCGUUUGUAAUUCCUGGCAGUCGCUCGUAGCACGACAGACGACGAAGUUAUACACGUGUAAUGUGAACUGCAGUGUCAUCACGGCUUAGUAUCGCACUGGAACGAGGGAAGAAUCGUUUGACUAAUUCGAUUGUUGCGAUGGAAAUCGAGCUCUAUGAGCUCGCGAAACUCCCUCUAAUUCAGUUCUCAUUGGGGAAGAAAUUGUUUGUAACAUCACGAGAGUUGGAUUCUUGUGUUUGUAAGUGAUAACCGUCAGCUGAAAUACAUCAGUAUCAAGAAUCAAACCGGAGGCACUGAAAAUAUGUCCAGCUUUGAUCCAGAGGCGACGCCGUCGACGUCUCGCGAGGCGCAGGAGGUGCUGUUGCCGCGCCCGCCAGUCACCUUCCAGAACCUGCUGCUUCGGCGCCAGAGCGCGCGAGUGACGCGGCACAAGCGGGGCUUGAAGGGCCCACUGAGGGCGGUGCGGCUCUGCAUCCUCAGCGUGCUCCUCCCUGGCCUGCUCAUCGCCGUGCCACUCUACAUGCGCUUCCACGUGUACGGAGAACAGCUGUACCCAGUCGGCAUGUCAGACAUGCGCCUCCUGGACAACAGGGUGUCCACCACGUGGUGCCAGCGGCAGCUAGUCGAAGCCAACGUCACAUUCAACGCGUUUCUCCUGCCUGAGCAGCCAGUAAUUGAACCCGAGCCCCUGAAGGUGUCCAUGACGCGUCACCUGGAGCUGGAAGACGACAUGAAGGAGUACUGGGCCUUCUACCUGCUGCAGGGAUCCUCCGUCACAGUCUCCACCUGCGUCAGGUGGCCCGGCGCAUCGCUAGUGGUGAUCCGGGGUCAUAAACACUUGCAUCAGUGCGCGUACAUAGGGGACGAUUCUUCAGAGGAGCUGGAGGAGAUGGAGGGGAAUUUGGAGGAGAGAGUACAGUGGCCAGCAACGUCGGUGCGUGAUCCCAGCAAAACAGAGAUUGCAGUAGGUGGCCGCUCGUCGACGAAUGGCAGGAGUUCCAACGAGAAGAACCAGCCGACACGAAUGAGAAGGGUCCGGCCCGGAGUGACGUUCCACGCGAACAUGAGCCCCAUCAAUUCUGACGAGAAGCUGGAAGACAGAGACGAUGCAGACAAUGAUGACAUAGAUAACAUUCUUGUACAGUUCAUUCGAAAUAUGGUUUGGGCGAAAAGCAGGCCCAAAGCAAAGGGUGGUGUCACAGGAGCAGGAGUGCCCGCGGCGGCAACAGAAUCCUCAAGAAAUAACGUAACCGAGGACGUCUUGGUACCGACGUCUAGUGAAGUGUUUGAGGACGUUCUGAGGAGACUCCAGCGGCUAGGAGACCGAGGGAAAACUGUCCUUAGGAGACUGAACAAACAAAUGGGCGAUUUCCUUCCAACAGAUCAGGAUGAAAACAGCCAUCAGAGUUUCAACGUUUUGAGGAGCAUAGUUCGUGACAUGUUAAAGGAUCAGGAAGGUGGAACUAAGGACAGGGAUGAGGAGCAGCCUGACAGGAAACGCAGGGCCAUCACGCUGUCGCCUCCAAGCCUACAGGAUUCUCUGAACGCGCAUGCAGAGGACGAGGACGCAGCUAUUGAAGAGGGAUUUCAGCCGGAUGGAAUCGCAGAUCAUCACAAGACGGUAAAUGAAACUACUGUAAACGACCGAUCCAAAAGCGAAUUCUGGUCGUCCUUCUCAAGCAGUGAAGAGAGGCUGCUCAAUUGCGCGGGGCUUAUCCUCAACCUGCCCCUCACCCCACACAGCAAGUGCAGUCAACAAAAGCCGCACCACGAGCACGCCGUCGCGGCCCAUGAGAACACCAUCACGUACAAGAUCCCGAGGAACGGCUACUACUUCUUCGUGUUCAGCAGUGAGAACGAGGUGCAGACUAACUACUUCCGCGUACACUUCGAGCUUGAGAAGAGGGUGUACAACGUGUCCAACUCUAUGGCGGCCUGCAGGAACUCCACCGAGUUGUGUUCACUGCCUCUCGACUUCUUCUCCAGCGAGAAAGUGGUCCUGGAGCUUCCAGUCCGCCCCAACGAGUCCCUGUGGAACGAGGAGUUCAUUGUCGUGUCGACGUGUGAGCCGCGGACGGCCCUGUACCUGAGCUGUGUCAUUGCCGUCCCUAUUUUCAUCCUGUUCUUUGCGUUCCAGUGACUUAGGGCUCUGUUAUUUUAUGCAUACUGCUGGGGUGGGAACUUGCAAAGAGCAAGGAGACGAAGCAGAACAGUGAAGGGAAGAAGGAGCAGUGGCAGCCUGACUAUAGACGUGAAGUGCCAUGAGACUUACUGGUUUCAUGCGCGGAUUUUGUGUUACACGCUGGUAUUUGACUCCACGGUGUCUCCCCUGUACGGCUGUGAAAAAUUGUACCUUGUAAUUUAGUCUUUGUAGAUGAAACGCGAAAUGCCAGUAUUUUGAUUCUGCCAAGUAUGGCCACAGUAAACCCCCCACCUCGACCUCUCUCGUACGCAGCUGUGAGAAACAGACGCACACAUUCCCGAAUAAAUGAAUUUGAGAGAGUGAACUCGACUCAGCGGUUUCCGUAAAGUGUAGCUCUUCACCGUGGGUCAGUGCUUUCUGCCCCUCUACUUCCCCUUCCGCUUGCGUCCAAGAGAACGUAAGGAACAUGUACCCAGUUCGAGAAAUGUCGAAUCUUGCAACAGGGCAAUGUUUUCUAAUCCGACUUUAUGAAACGUCUUUCCACCAGUUGUUACAGUAACUCUUACUGUGCCAGUAACGCAGUACUUAUGCAUGAUAUCUUUAUGUGACUUGCUGAAAAAAUGCGAUCCUACACGUAGACUGGGUUGUCAUGGCCGGUCCAGUUCAUAGGCUGCAUAGAAACAGAUCAGUAGUGUCUCAUAAUUAAUAACAAAUAUGUGUCACAUUGGUACAAAGCAACGGUUGGUUCAGUCUUUUACAUCAUGAACUACGAGAGCACACCGCUAGAGGCUCCAGUAUUGAUAUCAUGUAGUGACGUGAAGCGUGUAGAUCUCUUGAGGUACCUGGUCAUAGAUGGGAGGGUCCUAUGUUAUAAUGGACCUUGGAGAGACAGGAUUUGCGGAUGUGACAUGGAUUAAGAACGUUAAACGCUAUUACGGCACUGCCUUCCGGUUUCAUGAAUGUAGGGAAGUAUUAGACGAGCUGAGAAACUAUAAACGAUUGAAGAAAGAACCUUAUAAUAAAUAUAUCACGGAUAAUUCACUCUGUUCUCCAGUGCAGUUUGUUGUUCGUUAAAGCUAAGAAGAAGAGCCUAAUUCCACCGUUUUGCUUGUGAUAUUUGUGAUACCAGUAGAUCUGGUCUAUCUUGUAUACUCGCUGGACUAUCAUUUUCCUCUCACGCCUAUGUUAACUGGAUUAUCGAACGACGCCAUUGAAACAUAAAGGCGACGUGGAGAUCUAGUCGUCUCAUGUCAUGCACCACAGCAUAAGGAGAAAAGCUGUUAGCAUCGCGUUUCGGCCCCCUUUAUCUCCUUUUAUGUAGUCUCAGAUACCCACCGGAUACGAGGCUGGUGAGACUCAAGAGCUCUCACCCUGCCGGGAAUCGAACCCUGGCUACAUAGCCUAUAGUCAGGGACUUAACUGAGCUGCCCUGGAUCAGGGAUGUAGUUCGAAAACGAGCGUGGGCAAUGCGUUCUUUGAGAGGGAUUUGGUUAAUAAACUUUCUCUUAAAUUCUAUUAUUUUCCAGUCGCAUGUCAUAGCAAUAUUAGAGUCAAUUUUAGCGACCACACAACAUAUUUUUAUUAUUAUUACACUACAUGUUUCGACCUCAA